GAAGCACUUGCAGAAAUGUCUGAUGACAAUUGAAAGUACAUAUUGCAGUAGAUGAAAUCGAUACCCACAAGAGUUACCAUAAAAAUAAUACAACAAAAUAUAUUACAAGGGGUUCACCACUGACAAGUCAUCAGCCUCGGAUAUUGAGGUGUCACUCCAGACGAUGGUAUUACUUCAUGAAAAUCUUCAGCAUCUUCAUUACAUCGGCUUAUGGAGACCUGUUGACUGGCCGUUGAACUCCUGGAGGACGAGAGUCUACAGGCUCUACACGAUAUUCGUCAUCAGUGCGCUGUAUUGGUUCGCCAUAACUGAAACAAUGAGUUUGUUCACCAUUGUCGAGACUAUCGAAGAUUUAUCAGACAGUUCCUUCAUGCUGCUAACAACAAUAGGUGUUUGUUUCAAGGUGAACAUGAUGGUCUCGAAGAAGGGGAGCAUCGAGUCAUUGAUCUCCAAACUUGAAGAUCAUCCUCACAGGCCGAUUAACACCGACGAGAUGAAGAUCAGGGAGAAUUUCAAUGGUCGCAUCAGAUUAAUCUCCCGAACAUUCGGAACAAUUGGGGAAGUCUCGGUGACCAUCAUGACAGUCUCCGUAUUUUUUCAAGGAAUUCCCUACGGAGAUUUGCCGUAUAAAGCUUGGAUACCCUAUGACUACUCUACACCUCUCCUGUACUGGUUUACAUUUUGUUUACAAUUAAUUGUUGUCAUUUAUUUGGCGAAUAUUGUCAUUGCAUUCGAUACAACUCUCAUAGGACUGUUCGACUUCCUGGAGACUUCACCCCAGUCCAGUUGUCUAAACGUCAUGGUGCUGCUACAAGAGAGUUUCCUGGCACUUCAGUGUGUUGGACUUUGGCCUCCGCUGGUGUGGAAAUCCCGAGAAAUAAAGACAAUCAUCUACGGAGGGUACACAACCCUGAUGAUCAUCAUCAUCCACUGGUUCACACUGUCGGAAUCUCUCAGUCUCGUCACCGAAGAAGUUGAGGAUGUCCAGGACUUCUCGAACAAUUGCUUCAUGCUGCUGUCAAUGAUCAGUAUCUGCGUCAAGGCGAUUGUCAUGCUGUCAAGAAGAUCAGAUAUAGUUGGGCUGCUCAAUGCCCUGGAAUAUUAUCCCCAUGGACCGAUGGGUGACCAGGAGCAAAAGGUCCAGGAGAAUUUCAAUCAGCAGAUCAGAUUUUACACACUUCUUUAUGCUGGACAUCUUGCUGUCUUUGCGUGGCUCAUCAGCAUCCUCACGUUUUUUCAAGGAAUACCUUUUGGCGUUCUACCGUACAAAGCCUGGGUACCUUAUGAUUAUUCACAGCCCCUCGUUUAUUGGUUCACAUUCUGCCUUCAGGUGUUCAGUCUUUUUGCUGGCGCCAAUAUGAAUAUUGGUUUUGAUACCGUUGUACCUGGAUUCUUCAUGCAGAUAUGCGCCCAGUUUAAUAUUCUCAAGUGCAGGCUCCGCAGGACUAUUGAUGAAUUCGAAGAAAAAACUCUGGAAUUAUCAGGUGCAGGUGCUGUUCUGAUUUAUGAGAGACAAAUUAUCAAUUGUGUGGAUUUUCAUCAGGCGAUUCUUGAGAUGUCAGACAGGGUAAAUUCCAUCUUCAAUCCCAUAAUUUUCGUGCAGUACUCAGCGAGUUCGAUAAUAAUAUGCGUGAGUGUCUUCAUGAUAUCGCAAGUUCCAUUAUUUUCUCCCCAGUUCAUGUCUCUCUUGAUGUACGUUUCCUCAAUGCUGCUGCAGAUCUUCAUGCUCUGCGCAUUUGGAAAUCAAGUUACGAUUGAGUGUCAAAGUCUGACGGUUAAUAUUUAUAGUACAAAGUGGUACUUAUUGACGAAUCGUGCGCAGAAGUAUCUCAUCCUUAUGAUGGCUAGGACCCUGAAACCGGUCAUCUUCAUGAGUGGACACAUCAUCACUCUUUCAUUGAGCUCUUUUCGUAACCUUCUCAAGCAGUCGUACUCAGCCUACACAUUAUUACAACAAUUCUCCGAUUGAUCAGUACAUGCAAUUGCCGAAC